AUCUUUUUUCGACCAACCCCUUGGACCCACCCACCUCCCACCUCCCACCUUCCACAUCCCACCUGCAUUGUACACCACUUCGAACAAGCAAUAAGCAAUGGACACAAAGCGCGGACCAGGCCGACCACCGCGCGGCACGGCUCGCCCGCCGAGUGGAGCCGACUCCUCAGCAACCAGUGCUCCUGCGCUCCGACCGCCGUCGCAGGGGCCCGUCACUGGGCCGAUGCCCGUGUUUGCUGCUGGCGGCGCAUCGAGUGGCGGCCUUGCCACUGUGAACGGCUCUGGCGUUGCGUCGCUCUCGUCGCGCGCUGCCCUCGACCGCGAGCUCCACCGCGCCGGUGCUCCGUCCACGUCGAGCAGCGGUGCAUCUGCUGGUGGUGCUGGCGGUGCUGCUGCUGCUGCUGCUGCUGCUGCGUCGUCGUCGUCGUCCACCGCAACGCCGUCGUCGUCCAUGUUUGGCGCGUCCAUGUCCGGCGACUACCUGCCAAUGUCGAGAUCUGCCGGUGGUUCGGGCUUCCACCAAGUGCACCCUGCAUACGACGCGGCGCCCAUCGACGACGAUGCGCGGUCCAUCACGAGGACAAACCUGGCAAACAUUGCCCAUCAGAUCGAUCCGUACGAGCGUCUUGACGACGAUGUCCAGGAGUUGCUCUUGGACAUGGCGGACGAGUUUAUCGAAUCAGUGGCCAGUUUCGCAUGUCGCCUUGCACGACACCGACAAUCAAACACACUAGACGUGAAGGACGUAGCAUCGCAUUUGGAGCGAAAUUGGAAUAUUAACGUGCCAGGAUAUAAUGCAACCGACUAUGGCAAUUGAACAUUGCGAGAGCUGCGUCGCGUGGGCACGGAGUCAUGGCUGUUUUGAGUUCCGAUUCGUUUCUCUUUGUGUUUUCUUGAAAGAUACUUUUGUGUAGUAAAUCCAAAAAACA